UCACUUAAUGUUUCAGGGAGGACAAGUGGUCAAGUACACUACCCUGUUAGCUUGUGGCAACUAUCAUGGAGUUGUGGGCUUUGCAAAAGGAAAAGGCCCAACAAUUCCCAUUGCCCUCCAGAAGCAAAAGAGUGACUAUUUUACCUCCAUUUGUUGCCAUUCUGAGACGCUGGCAGCCACUUUUGGCAGGUAUUCAUGAACUUUUUCAGAUGGUCUGAAUCCCCUUGUUGUUGAUGAUCAUGCUUUGGCAGCAAAUGCACUGCCUCUUGAGGGAGGAGGAUGGUGCAACAAUGUUACGACUUGCCUCUCAUGAAAAGAAAACCAUUUGGGUUCAUCCAAGAAGACUGGGUUUGAUGUCUACUUCUCCAUGGCUAGGGGGGGAAUGCCACUUUGCCUGCUAUGGAAAUGACCAAGUGCUUCGACAUCAGCUAGCGAAUGUUGAUGCAGCAGCAGUUAAAAUAGUCAUGGCUGGAGCUGGAUGUGAAAAUGGUAGUAAAGUGGAACAAGUGCCAUUUACCAAAUUUAUAUAUUGGAAUGGAAUACAUGCGGACACAGUUUUAAACUUGUUGGACAGCUCAACUUUAGGGAACUAUUCAGGACCACCUACAAAUAUUCAACAUUAAGAUGAAGGCAAAAAUGAAAUCACAUCAGAUGCCUGAGCAGGUGAUAAUGUCAUCCACUUUAAACUUUAUUAGCUCACUUUUCUAUUUGUUUCAUAGGUUGUUUCGUUUCUCAAUUAGUUUCCAUGCUAUAUUGUUAUAUUCACAGGUUGUGUUUUGGAAGUGGAUUACGCCAAAGAUGUUGGGGCUGGUCACACAAACAUCAGUGUAUCAUUGGUCAAUAGAAGGUAAUAUUGCAUUUUUCUUUUCGUACAAGGGUUCUUUUGAACUACAUUCAGUUUCUCGCUUUUCUUUUUUGAUAGAUCAAUUUAUAUUUCAGUUAGGAACUUCCAUUACAUUGUUGAAUUGCUGGCUUUAAAAUUUACAAAACUUAUUUGUAGGUGAUUCAGAGUGUAUAAAGAUUUGUUUCAGAUAUUUUGAUAUGUAACCAUGUGCUAAUAUUUGUUAUAUGUUCUGUACUUUAAUUCACAGAAACUGUUCAAUUAA